AUGCAGACAAACAAGCGGAACAACAAGAGAAAUAAUGUUGGUGGUAGGAAAGUCAAAACGGGGUGCCGGACAUGCAGAAUCCGAAAGAUCAAAUGCGAUGAGGCACGACCAUUCUGUGAGAAAUGCGUCAAGACUGGUCGUUCCUGUGACGGCUACGAGUCUGUCUUUAGACCGUUUUCGAGCCUGCCGACUAGUGAAGACUACCGACCAGAAGCCAGAAACAAAUCUCCACAGUCUACAUCCGAUAGGAUUCCUUUAGACCCUGCAACUCUCAACCGCUAUCUGUCCACUAAAACAAUCUUUGAUGUGGACAUCAAUUGCAACCGUGAGGCUGAGCAGGUACUCCAACAGAGCUUGACUGAUGCGUCAAUCCGACAUGCUCUCCGGUCUCUCCAGUCUCUUCGUGACAACCUUGAGUCAAUGGCAGAUGGUCCGUCUCCAGAGCAACAAAAGCUGAGCUAUAACUAUGGUCUCCAACAGUAUAGCAAGGCUCUGACAGGUCUAGCUGUCAACUUGUCAACACCAAGCCCAGAGACACUCAAGUCUGCCCUACUCUGCUGCCAAGUAUUGAUAAGCGUCGAACAAGUCCGGGGUAAUUUCUCCGCAAUGGGCGUCCACAUCGUCCGUGGAUUGAAUAUUAUGCGAGAAUACCGGGCGAGACCGUAUUUAUCAGAAACAAAUAUCUUGAUACCAGCAAAUCACAAAGACUUGCCAUCCAUAGAUAUCUUCAUCAUCAAAUUCUUUGCUGCUCCUUGCAAGUUUACAGAACAGCCCACAGCGAAUACAACCAGCAUGUUAACGCCACCUGCGGAAGUCUCGACUGAUCGCAAGAUUGCGCCAAAUAUGCGACCCGGGAUUAGACGCAUUGUAGACUUGGUUAUCGACUUUCUUGGCCAGGUUUCGCUCAUCGAAUCGGAGAAAAGAGCUGUUGAACUACUUGGCGAGAAGGGGAGAAUUCUUGAUUUUCUGAAUGAAUGGCACGGAGACUUCGAAGUGGCUCAGACAGCAGAAGAACCUAUGACCGUUCAUGACUGCUUCUCGAAAUUACUCCAUAUGGUUAUGAGAGUCGUGCUUCUAGGAACAUUGGAUUAUGAGACAGACUUUGAUGGGAGGCUAAAGUCUGAGAACGAGAGUAUCCAGGCUUUGACUGAUGAGAUUAAUGAACGGCUCAAGGAUUACGAUAUGCGUAGAGGCAUAGAAGGUGGGCUAAGGCAACAGUUUGAAGUCUGA